GAGAUGUUACAAAUCUACACAGAGUUAAUAGUUGAUGGGUGGUAAAAGAACAGCUAGGGAUAGCCUGACUCAAGGGUGUGCUGGCCUCGUGGGGUCACUGCCCAGCACCUGCCUCUGCAGGCAUGAGCUCAAGACAAAUGGCUCAACACACUGUUACUAGGUACAGAACCCAAUUUUGGGACAGCGCAUGUAGAACUUCUUGAAGAGGCCACAGUGUGCUUCUCCUGUAACUCAAGCCAGGGAAGACAGUAUCAGCACUGGGCUGCAAGGAUGGGCCAGGCACUGUGGAAAGCAGAUGGACAAGAAAGGGUAAACAUCUGACCGCAGGCAUGCCAAGUAUGCGCUGAUUUGCCGGUGUCAACCAAAAGGAAGGAAAAUGGCCUGAAAGUGAUCUCUAGAGCUCAUUAAGGGCUAUUAACAUACCCAAACUCACUCCUGCCUGUAUGGAAAUGAGGCAGCAGGGACCACACACCAGAACCUAAAAUCUUAGGCACCAUAAUACCAAUGCCCAGCAAAAAGGAAACAGUAACCAGUCAGAAACUGCAGGUGGAAGGAGUCUUGUAAAUAGCUGUGUGUAAAACCUGGCACCUCUGCUUGGGGAUGCGUGGAUUGCCAAACACACAACUCUGCAGAGUUGAAACAGAGACCUACCUGGGGCCAGGGCAGGGGAUCUGCUGAACUGAAAAAGUUCAGCAGCACAUCCUGCUUGGAGCCGCUGAGAUGGAAAAGCACUACAAGCAGACACCUUAAUCACCCGCCAGCCCUCUCAAAACCACCUAUCGCCUUCAGUUUUCCCACAACAGCUAAAGCUUGCCUGCUACACUCGGCGUCGCUGAGCUCCUACUGCACGCAGAACUAAGGCAGCGUCCCCGCCUCAGCACGGCAGGCUCUCACGGACGAGGCGACAAGAUGGCGGCGGGGGCCAUCACGUGCCCGGCGGCGCACAGCGCGCCUGCGCAGCCCCGCCCCCUGAGGGAGGCGAGAAGAUGGCGGAAGCGGAGUGAGCGGCUUGUCCGAGGCUGGACGAACACUGCUCAGCUAUGGAGAAUGAGCCAAGCACAACAACAUGUUCUGCAUCCACAACCACCAUUACUACCACCUCCACGUCCCGGACACAGCUCCCACAGAUAUCAGUUUACAGCGGCUCUGACAGGCAUGCUGUCCAGGUUAUUCAGCAGGCCUUGCAUCGUCCUCCUAGCUCAGCUGCUCAGUACCUCCAGCAGAUGUAUGCAGCCCAGCAGCAGCAUCUAAUGCUGCAGACUGCUGCUUUGCAGCAGCAGCACUUAAGCAGUACCCAAUUUCAGAGUCUGGCAACUGUACCACAGGCAAGCCUGUCAGGUGGGAGGCAAUGUACUUCCCCCACUGGGAGUGUCACUCAGCAGUCAAGCAUGUCGCAGACCUCGAUUAACCUCUCCACCUCUCCUACACCUGCACAGAUAAUAAGCCGUUCACAGACCUCCAACACCACCAGCAGCAGUAUUACCCAACAGACUAUGUUGCUAGGGAGUAGCUCUCCAACCCUGAGUGCAAGCCAGGCUCAGAUGUAUCUCCGAGCUCAAAUGCUAAUUUUUACCCCUGCUACCACUGUGGCUGCUGUCCAGUCUGACAUUCCUGUUGUCUCAUCAUCUUCCUCAUCUUCCUGUCAGUCUGCAGCUACUCAGGUUCAGAACUUGACGUUGCGCAGUCAGAAGUUGGGUGUAUUGUCAAGUUCACAGAACGGUCCACCAAAGAGCAGCAGUCAAACUCAGUCAUUGUCUUUGUGUGCUAAUAAACCUGUAACCAGCACCAAGGGCAACCAACCAGAAUCCUCAGAAAGCAAUAGGAAAGGUGACAGCCCAACGCCAGAGUGUCGGAGUACACCAGUCACACGGACAUCAAGCAUACAUCAGUUAAUAACGCCAGCUUCAUAUUCUCCAUUGCAACCCCAUUCUCUAGUAAAACAUCAGCAGAUCCCGCUUCAUUCGCCGCCUUCCAAAAUUUCCCAUCAUCAGCUGAUCCUGCAACAGCAGCAGCAAGUCCAGCCGAUCGCACUUCAGGCUCCUUCUGCUCAGGAGCCCCCUCCGUCACAACACUGUCUACCACUCCCAAGCCAUAGUCUUCCUCCAGCUCCUAGCAGCGUGCAGUCUCAUUGCUCACCUAUUCACAUCCAUCCUCCCCCUCUAACACUAUCUCCCACUCCAUCCCAGUCUGCUCAGCAGUCAGUAGUGGUAUCCCCUCCACCUUCUCACUCCCCUAGUCAGUCACCCACAAUAAUCAUUCAUCCUCAAGCACUUAUCCAGUCACAGGCCAACUCCCUUGUGCCAACAGCUCUUCAACCAGAGCAGUCUGCUCCUCAGCAAACCACUACCAGUCCAGUUCGACCAAUUGCACAGCCACUUAAUCUUCCGUCGCACCUCCCGCUUCCACCUUCCCCUGCCGUACAUCUAGGCUCAGUAGAUCAGCCCAGCUUGGUUUCCCCAGGCCAGCAGAUAGUGUCCUCCACACCACACCAGCAAUAUUCGGCCUUGCAGUCCACACCUAUCCCUCUUGCAGCUCCUCCACAGCUGUCAGCGUCUUCUACCCAGAUACAACCACUGCCAUUGCAAUCUGUACAGUCUUUACAAGUGCAGCCUGAAAUUCUAUCUCAGGGCCAAGUUUUGGUUCAAAACACUUUGGUUUCUGAGGAAGAACUUCCUGCUGCAGAAGCUUUGGUCCAGCUGCCGUUUCAAACUCUUCCACCACCGCAGACUGUUGCAGUAAAUCUUCAAGUUCAGCCAUCAGUACCAAUUGAAACUCCAGUGAUUUACCAAGUGGAGAAUGUAUGUGAAGAGGAGAUGCCUGAGGAGUCUGACUGUGUCAAUAUGGUUAGAACACCUACACCGCCCACUUUGUCUCCACCAGCAAUAACCUUGGGGAAUGGAGAUGCACUUAAUUCGGAAGAGCCUUUGUCAGACCAUGCAGGACUACCUGCAGUGACAUCAUCAGUCAGUGCCUCAGUAAUUAAAUCUCCAUCUGAUCCUUCGCAUGCCUCUAUCCCACCACCACCUCUCUUGCUUCCAGCUGCAACAACAAGGAGUAGCAGCACAUCAAUGCCCAACAGCAUUCCUAGUCUAGAAAAUAAACCUCCACAGGCUAUUGUUAAACCACAGAUCCUGACUCAUGUUAUUGAAGGCUUUGUGAUUCAGGAGGGGUUGGAACCAUUUCCUGUAAGUCGUUCAUCUUUGCUGGUAGAACAGCCUGCAGAAAAAAGAUUGCUAGUGGAGGGUCAAAUCAUGAGUGUUAUGUGUGUUGAAUCAGACUUGCAGAAUACAAAACAUGCAGACAACUCAUCGGACACAGAGAUAGAGGAUAUGAUUGCAGAAGAGGGCCUGGAUGAAAUUGACAAUGAACUCCUAAAGUGUGAAUUCUGUGGAAAAAUGGGAUAUCCUAACAAGUUUCUGCGAUCAAAACGAUUCUGUUCUACAUCCUGUGCUAAAAGGCACAGCCUUAGUUGCACUAAGAAAUUUGGGCUGUUUGCAUCAGACAAGACCAAUCGUUGGAAUCGGAAAUCAGAUAGCCAAAGUCUUGGGCGACGCGGGCGUCGACCGAGUGGCCCUGAUGGGGCACCACGAGAUCAUUUUCUUAGACAGCUUCCGAUUACUUACCCAUCUGCAGAAGAAGAUGUGGCUUCUCAUGAAGAUGCUGUUCCAACCGCGAUGACAACUCGUCUGCGAAGGCAGAGUGAAAGAGAGAGAGAACGUGAACUUAGGGAACUAAGGAUGAGGAAAAUGCCUGAGAGCAUUAACUUGCUACCGGUGGUGCAGUCAGACCCUUCAGUAUGGACUGUUGAUGAAGUUUGGGCCUUUAUACAUUCUUUGCCUGGUUGUCAAGAUAUUGCAGACGAAUUUAGAGCGCAAGAAAUUGAUGGACAAGCUCUCCUCUUGUUGAAGGAGGAUCACCUUAUGAGUGCAAUGAAUAUUAAGCUUGGACCUGCGUUAAAAAUCUGUGCACGUAUCAAUUCAUUGAAAGAGUCGUAGGCGGUGAACGUGAAGGUUUAAGCAACAGUUCCUCUGUGACAAAACCAGCAGUAAUUUGCCAACAUCUUCAGCAUGGCAUGAUUGUUACUGGGAUGUUUUGUUAAAUAUCUGGGGUUUUCCCCACGCAGACUUAAUUCUGCUGAUUAUAUCAUGUAGUCCCUUGUAGUUUCCAGCAAUUAAUAAGUUCAUGGUGAAGCCCAAAUAACGCAUUGAGUUGAAGUGGGAGCUCAUGGGAAAACAUGAAGUGAAAUAUUCUGUAAAUAUUCUGUUAAAUAUUCCCCAAUAUGUACUUGGAAGUUUAAGAUCAACACUCCAGCACCUUCCCAGCCUAAGCACCAUUUACAUUUUCUUGCUGUAUUGUCAAAGAUGACUUUUCCCACAUACAGCAGUUUUUGGACUGAAUUAACAGAAGUGUCCACAGACCCUGUGGAAGCUCUAAUAAUGGUAAAAUGCUAUGCAUUUAGUUGUGCUCUCUGAAUUUCUUUAGUAUUGGGCAAAUUGUUUGUAUGGAGUAGGUUGGCAAUCUGUUUUCCUUGUACAGAAUUACCCUCAUCUCUGCCACUGUAGUAUUUUCUUUGUUUGGAAAUACUAUAAGCCAUGUAGGCAUCUCAUUAAAGUCCUAAUUAUCAGGCUACUGAAAUGCAAUGGCAUUACACUCUUGCCAGAGCUAACUGAAGCACAUAUAUUACUUUACUCUUUGUAUGCUGCUGUGCACUAAGAGGGCAUUAAGAUGCUAGGUUUCUAGUUCUGCAUGCUGCUAGUUAAACUAGACCAGCAGUUCUCAAAUGCGGAUCCUGAGAAGGUAUGAGAACACUCAGGUCAGGUUCCCAGUGCCUAGGCAUGAGGGGUUGAGUUAGUUCUGUCUGCAGGUUAUGCUGAGAGAAGCGUACCCUAAAGACUGGAGGUAGAGAGAAGGGAUGGCAUAGCUCACAGCCUCUUUUUCCUGUUACCAUUUCAUCUUCUAACUUGUCUUUCCUUGUAGUGCUUUCCCAUUGCCUCACUGGAAGCUUCCAAGCACCUCUUUGUCCACUGACUAGUGUGAGCUGGGCUUGCAGUAGCCCAAGGAAGGAGCACGAUGAGGAACUCGGUGUAGGAGCAGCUGCCAUGGCAGUGGAAGGAGCCUGGAGCUGUAGGUGAGCAGGAGGAAUGUGCUCCUUCUAGGCAGCACUGGGAGAGAUCUCUAGGGCUCUGCUUGUGCUUCUGGCAGGAGAUUUUGCCUUGGAUGCUGCAGACCCAGGCAGUGGGAUCAGUGUCCCUCUUUUUUUGACUCUCUUGUGUUUUAUAUGGAACAAAUGUUUCCCCACUUACUGGCACCCUCAGAGGUGGGCUCUGAGGCAGCAGCACCUUCUCCAUCUUUGCUUCCCUGUUACCUGUGUACAGAUGCUCAUAGAGAAAUUUUGCACCUUCUGUUCCUUUCGUUUUGCAGCUCCACUCCCCUUAUGUACAGGCCCAGCUCCUUAAGCUCUCCUAGAGGGAAGGAAAGGGCACGUGUGCUGAUAGAGUUACUGUGUAUAUAUUUGAAUAUGUGUAUGUGUCUGCAAACAGUGUAUUUUGUAUUUUAUGCAAACUGAUGCAUAAUACAUGAUUGCGUAGGAUCUGCCUAAAUAUCUCCGUAAGUAUUCCUGAAAAGAGGAAUUGAUCUAAAAUUUGAGAACUGCUGACCUAGAUCACAGGGGGUCAAUGCACAUACACUGGCUGAAAGGAAGGUUUGUGACAGUUAGGCUACAAUGUGUAUUAUUUAACUGAUGACCUUUAAAGAAUCCGUUGGGAUUGCAGAAAAAGUUGUGCUUCGUUUUCCUUUAGAUGUCUCUUCUUUCUUUUAAGAGACCUUCUGCCAUUAUAUUCCAGAGAUCGAUAUUAGAAUUGUUGCUUUUAAUUACAACAGCUUGAGCUUUCUGAUAGCAGAUGUUAUUAAUUUUUAUCAACCACUGUAACUCCAAGUUAGGACAACCCACUGAUGUUACAUGCUAAUUUAUGGUGAGAGCCCUGAUCCAAAUGGCACCAAAGGCUUUAGAGAAUUAAUCGAUGUCUGGGUUUGUUUUGGAGGGAAGUUGCUAAGCACUUUCUAAUUUGUUUUUUUUCUGUCUUCAGUUACUGUUGUCAAAUAAACUUAAUUGUGAAGGUUCAAUGCUUGGCAAUGUUCAUUUGAAAGGUUCUCAAAUGAUGGAGACAGUAGGUUCCCAUUUGUAGCAUUUCUGUAAGAUACACCAUGUAGCAUACCUGUAACAUAAGUUUUAAAGAAUAUGUUCUGUUUUAAUGAGCUAAUUGAAGACUAAAGAUAUCUGAGAUAUUUAUCUUUCGGCUUCUGUCUUAAAGUUUUAUUAUUUUUAUACAAAAAUGUCACUGGCAACUUUUAACCUGUCUUCUGAUUGUACUGUUCCUUGGCAAUGUAAAAAGUAGGCGUACUUCAGUGUGAACUGAUAAUAGCUUAAGGCAUAUUUAAAAAUGUGGGCUUAUGUUGUGAGUCUUAUUUAGACCUGCAGCUAAUCAGUGUUACACGCAUGAGAAUUCCACGGUUGUUUUAAUUUUGUUUUAUGAGAGAGCUUCUAGGAGAACUUGUGCAGCUGGUGUUCAUGCACAGCUCUGGCUAAUCCCUGCCAGAUGCCAGGAGCCCACUGCAGACAUGAUGGAUGCUCAUCUGCUCUGGUUCUUCUGGUGCACUACGUUUUCUGUGGUUUUGGGAGAGCCAUGAUGAGUUACGCUUUAAGCAUUCACGAAUGCAGCUAAGAAUGUGGGCCUUAUGCGUAUUGGAAGUUUUUUCUUUCAACUAUUUUGGCAUUACAUAUGAAUUUAAAUCAGAUACAGCUACAAUAACCUAUCCUGAUUGAGCAGCACAUGCAUUAGAGUUUGCCAGUAUUGCUGUGUCAUUAAAAUCUGUUUUUAAAAGAUCAUGCCUGUACAUGAAAGUAGACUGGAAAACUCUCAAGUGCAACUCAAGUCUAUUUCAGAAACUUUAGAAUUUACUAAAAAGAACAAUAAAAUACUUGGAACGAUAUUCCUCCAGAACAACUUUGCCUUCCAAUUACUUUGGUUUCUGUUCAGGUCAGAGAUUUUUUCCCAGGCUUUUCAUACCACUUCCCAUAGCUUUCUCCACAAAUUAAGUUAGACCUUCUUUCAGAAGAGAAAGUCUUGCUGAUUUUAAUUGAUGUCAUUUUUUAAGUUGCUCCCACGGGAUGUGUAUACCACAAAUCCUUUUCAUUAGUUUUAUUUCAUGGGAUUUUGUAUUCUGCGUUCAGAUUGCUGCUGUGGGCUGUAUCUCAGUAAUCCUUGCAAUAUUUCAAUGCCUGUAGAAAGGAAUGCAGGAUGCUGUAGGAUCUUAGCUCUAAGGGGAGAUGUGUUGGAUGGCUCUUUCCCUUCCUUUUUCCUCCAUCAGCUUCCAUCCCGCUUUACUUGCUAAUUGAAAGUGCAGCAUUAGCUCAGGGCAACCUUAGAGCAAUGGACUGAACCUGACUAUCAAGAUUUCUUCCAGCAGAAUUACAACAAUUACAGAUUCAGAGUUCAUUUUGUGUUUUGAAGAAAUGCACCUGGAUGGUUGAAAUGGGUAUGCAGAUUUCCCCCACGUGCUCUGGCUCAUAUCCCUCAGCAACCCUGCUUUGCAGCAGGAGCAGAGUGCUCCCGAGAGGAAGCUCAGCUACCUCCAGUGAGCAAGUGCUCUGGGAGCUCAAGGCUGCUGCUUGUUCACAUUCAGGGCUUGCUGAUGAACUGCCAGCUUCUCCCAGCAAACCUGACCCAUGCCUCACAUUUGGCGUGUUUGUUAAGAUUUUAUCACCUUGUUUAUACAGAGAACAAAAAAAUCAUCUUGUCAGUUUAAACUCAGUUGGUUUGGAUCAUGAGGAGGAGAGUUUUUGAACAGACUACGUUGUAAAUCCAUUACAUUCAUUAAUCCUUUUUUGUUGUUUUGUUUCAGAAAAGAUGGAGGGUAAAGCCAUUGUUACACUUCAGUCAAUAUGAUUACUCAAAUAGGCUGAUGUCCUGCAAGCAUCCAUUUCCUCAUUUCUUCCCUGCAAAAGUAGUUUCUUCCUCUAAUACUUUGUUCUUAGAUAAGCCACAAGUCAGAAUCCAGCCUUUUGGGUAGCACCGAAGGAGCCCUUCAUAACUGCAGAUGUGGCAGCAAGAGACAAGAGAUGUGGAAAAAACAAGUAUUUGAGCAGAUUUACAAUGGCUUUUGGAUCACAUCUUUAUCUUGAGCUUAGCUGUAAGGAAAUGUUCAGGUGUUUCUUAACUGUAGUUUGAACAGAAGUUUGUAGUGUGAAGACUUUGCUAGCUAUAGCGUGCUGCUGCGUGGCGUGCUGUUCCAUUUGCUGCCUGUUACAGGUGACUGCUCUCAUCACAGUGUCAGUGCAGAAACUUAAAGCUUGAUAACAGCUCAAGAGAUUUCUUACACCUUAACAACUGUAUAGCUCUAGGCCAUCGAGGAAUGCCGUGACAGCUGAGCUGUGAGUCUGAGUUUUGCGAAUCAUUAGUCAUCCACAUAAUUUAUAACACAAGUUGUUCUCCUGAUUGGAUUGAGGCUAUUCAUGUUAAAAUGAAGCAUGCGUAUAAAAGCUUGCAGGGUUAUUUUCUCUUAGCAGUAUGGCAUAGAGAGUUAGCAUACAUUUAGAUAUAGAGUCAUCUAACCAGAUUUAUACUCGUCGCUUGUUUUAGGAUGCAGAUGAUGACUCUGCAAAAGAAUCCUCUUUGGAUGCUUUUAUUUUUCCCAGCUUUCCCCAGACUUAGUUUACUAGAGAUGGAGUCAAGCUAAUGCUUCGAUGUGCUCUGGUUUAAAUAACACUGUUUCUGUUGAAUGCUGGGUGGAAUAGGGAUGGACAGAGCUAAACAAGGAGAUCCAUCAUGUGCCAUUUCUUCUCCAUAUAGAUUUCUGAACGUGUUUUUUGUCCUUUUGGAUCUUAGCUUUGUUGACGUGAGCUUUUUGUGUCAUGCUUGUCUCCUGGAUCUUAUGAUCAGCACUUUGACAUGUAUUCAAGGCCCCACCCUGAGCUGCCAUGUAGGUCUGUGUAACCUCUGUGUUACACCUUAUGCACACAUGCUUGUUCACUUGGAGGUUAUGUGCAUCGCUAACUGGUCUCUUACAGCUGAGUGGAAGGAAAAAAAAUUCAAAGGUGUGAAUAUUCUUGUGAUAGAAGAUACAUAGUAGGCUUACAGCCUGGCUUCUGCAGCUGUUGGUCUGAAGUAAGGAUCUAGAACGAUGCUCUCUGAGCUGUUUCCAUCAUAAUUUGAGCACAAAUGUACAUUUGUAGAAUGAUGAUCACAAAUAUUGCUUUGAAUGCAAUACGUAAUAUUUAAGAAGUAUUUUAGUUAUGCGUAAAAAACAUUUUUUAUGUAGGGUUGUUGAGAGGCUUGAGGGUGUUGAUGAUGGGUUCUGAAGGAGGGUGCCCUUGCUGCUGACGAGGUUACGCUAGAAGCACAAAUACAACUGAUUUAUGACACAUCUGUUGUGUGGGUGAGGUCCUGUCCCCGUGUGGGAGGACUUGUGCUGUGCUCCGCUACCUGCUCAGUAUUUUAGCAGCUGGAAUGCUGACAUCCUUUGGUAGUUUUCUUGCAGAGUGUAUGGUUGAAAAAACAGCGGAACGUUCUGCAAAGCCAGCUUCCCUUUCAAGUAUUGCCUGUGUUUUUGUAGUCUUAGCAAACCAGGAAAGACACGUAAAGAUGGUUUUAUUGAUGAGUACCAAAUAAUUUCAUUAAAGAGGUAGAAUAGCUUACUAAAAUCAGUGCUGACUUUUAAGGGACUCUGAUAGGAGGAAAGUACAGAAGUUUCUUAUGCAGUGUUAAUCCUUCAGCCACUGUUACCACUAGUAUUAUAUAAUCCUGUAAGAAUUAAAGGAUUGUAAAAUGUUUGCGUGGUAUAAGGUCACUAGUUCCUGUCACAGCACAGGUGGUGACAUAUAGAGGUUAGUGGUUGUCUAUCGUUCAUAUUAUUUCAGGUCUUACCACUUUCCUAACAUAGCUUCUCCUCUUUCAGGCUUGCAGUGAAACUGUAAUCCUGUUCUGCAGAGUAGUGGUGUUUGCUUAUAUUGCUUGACUCAAGGCCCAGUGUUCAGACUUCCCAGAAGCAUCAGAUAAAGGAAAUGCACCAAGAGUGGAAAAGAGGCUGUUAGGAGGAUAAUGGGAUAAGAUCACAACUGGAUCAGAUAUUUCCCUGAAUAAAAUGUCAAAGAUAAAGAUGGGCUUAAAAUGAGAUACUGUUCAUCUAUUUUAAAGUAGUUACUCAACAGUAGGCUUAGACACCACAGUUGGGUGUUAUGUGAAGACCUGUAGUGCUGCUGUUACCUACCUGGUGGCUGUAACGACAGCCUGCAGGCUGAUCCUCUUUGACACCUUCUCCCAAAGAGGAUGAAAGAGAGAGUUUGCUGGUAGCUCAGUUAUGUAACAUCAGUGCAUUAAUAUUUGAUUUGCCCGCGUGUUGUGGUUUCCCUGUCAAAAUACAAUCUUAAAAACUUAAAAUGGCUUUAGAAGCAGUCCAGCAACUGCGGGAAUUCUGCAGUGUCAGAAUGGAUGAGGGCGUGUAAACUUUAAUUACAAGUUGAGAAUCUGAUAAAUACGUCUGUGCCUCACUCAGCUUCUUGCAGUUCCAGUUCUGUCUGCGUUAGUGAAUCACAAGAGUGACACUAAGCACACAAAAGGUAUCUGAAAUGUACGUUAUUGAAAUAAUCUUGCCUUCAUCUGGCUUGAAGUGAAUUUAAAAGGAGAUAUUUUCCCUUGCUGGCUGAGUCUGUACAAACUAGUUACUUAAUGACCUUCUGAAAUGCCUGGUGCAUUACUACAUUUGAGGUAUUUGCUGGUUUUCAAUUGGAACUAGGUUUUGUAAGUAUUUUGUCAACUCCCUUUCAGUGGGUGUCCAGUUUAUGUAAAACCUGACAGAUGUAUUUAGACAUACUUUAUCCUAUGUCAAGUGCUAACUAGUAGCGAUUGGAAACUGGGAGCAGGGAGCGAUUGCUUAAGGUUUGUUUUUUGAGGUUGAUGUUGUACAUGCUUCCCUGCUUCUAACCUGGAAAUAGAAUUUCCUCCAGAUACGCCAUCCUGCAUAAACUAUGAAACGCUGUGGUGCCAAACACCUCAAACGAUGUUUGCUGCAAACAUUGCUGCCUCUUCUUAACGCUAGUUUUAAAAUUCAGGUUUUGAUCCUUUCCUGUCAUGUUGAUGGCCUUCCUAGGGGAUUUUCCAGAAACCAUGUUCUGCUGCUUUAAAAAUGCUGUCCUUUUGGUUACAUCCCUGAAACCUCAAAGGAGUUGACCCAUAGUGCAUGGUGCAAGAAGCACUGCGUGGGGUAAAGCAGUAAAUCAAAACGAUAAUUGGACUUGGACACAUUGCAGAAAUGUAAGAUUAAUAGAUGAUAUUUGGUUGUGAAUUCUUAUCAAGGGGUAUAUACUAGAAUAUUGUUUGCUAAUGAAUUCUAGCACAUGCAUUGCUGAUGUAUCACUAAAUCCUGCAAUUAAAUCUUGUCUAUAAUUGAUACGUAAUAAUGUAAAUGGUAGCCCCACAAUUAAAUUCUACAGUUGAAGAGCACAGUGAACUAUGUAAAAAAAUAUGAUCUUCACCUUGUGAAUCAUUUUUUUUAAAAGCACUUUCCUAUCACCAAUUAGCACGUGAAUGAAUUUUAGAUUCUCCCAUUUGUUAAGAUUGGUAGAGGUGAGAUUUCUUUAAUCUGUCAAUGUUUAAAUUGAUCAUACAAAUGCUGAAACAAAGCACCUUAUACUAUGCUGCUUAAAUUUGCUUGUAAUUGCACCUUUGGUUAUCUGCAGAUUUUUCUUAAUAGGUAUUCUUAUGUGAUACUAUUGUUCCCUGUGGGUCUGAGUGAAUGAUUAACCAACCUACAAUAUAAUUUACUUACAUAGUUUCUAUUUCAAUACAAUAUUGUACUGUGAGUUCAGUGCUUCAGAAAUAAAUACUACUUCCAUUUGUC